CUCUCCGAGCGGCGCUGCAGGCGCUCUCCCUCCCGGACGCGAUCACGUGCUCGGCUGCCAUGGCGGCGCUGAGGCUCAGCUCGCGCCUGGCGCUGGUGACAGGUGGUGGCAGUGGGAUCGGUCGGGCCGUGUGCCAGCGCUUUGCAAAGGAGGGUGCCAUGGUGGCAGUGGUGGACAUCGACAAAGGGGCAGCGGAGGAGACCCUGCGGACGCUGCCCUCCGAUCAGCAGCAACACUUGCUGUUUGUUACCGAUGUGUCGUCCCCUGAGCAUGUCCACAGCCUCAUGGCUGACGUUCAGGCACGGUAUUCCCGCCCCCCCUGUGUGGCAGUGAACUGCGCUGGGAUCACCACUGACAGUCUGUUCCUGAAGAUGGAGAGCGACGCUUUUGACCGGGUCUUGAAUGUCAACCUGAAGGUGCGUGACGGUGAUGGUGGGUAG